ACGAUUUGUUGAUUUACCAGAUAGAAAAUACAAAGCUGGCAUUCCAACUGAUUUCGGCCAUUGUGUCGGCCGAACUGUCAUUGGUUAUGUAAAAUAUUUCACUUAGAAGCAAGGAUUAUAUCGCAACGCGUACUUGAGAUAUAACAAUUUGCUUAUAUAUGGUAAAAGAAAAGGGAUAGAAAGAAGCUUACCAAAAAGUUGUGUACAAGUGAAUUCAUUUCACGAAUCAAAGAUCGUAGAAUCAUUAAGAAUCAUGGAAGAGCAAGAAUAUAUAACAUGGAUCGAGUGGAUGUGCCAUCAAUUUUAUUAUAACGAAAUGCUUAAUCAUGUCAAAGAGGCAUGUGACGCUUAUCCAACGAGUGAUCAUCUGAAACUCUUACUUAGUCUUACCUAUUUAUUAAAUGGAAGGAUACACGAUGCUAUUAAAGAAAGUGGCAGUUUAAUGAAUAACACAGAAGUUUCAUUACCAGGAUUGCUUAUACAGAGUUUUGCACACAAAGUGAGCACAAAUGGAGACAAAUCGGCGAUAAUGCAAAUCGAUGUAAAAAUCAGAGAAGAACGAAGAAAAGCAUCAGCUACCGCACUAUCAUUGUCCGCUUUGAUAUUACUUUUGUACAAAAAGAUUGAUAAAGCUAAAGACUAUGCUGAUAGAGCAUAUAAAGUUAAUCCUGUUGAUACAAAUGUCUUAUUGGCAAAAGGUUGGGUGGAAUUGUAUGUAAAGGAGGAUAAUCAUACAAAGAUGGACUAUUUUGAUAUAGUUUUAAAAACACAUAGUAGGCAUUUCAAUGCUCUCAUGGGUACCGCGAGAUAUAAACAAUAUUGCGGAGACCAUACAGGAGCAAUAUCUAUAUUGAAUUCAUUAAUAGUACAUUAUCCGAAAUUAAGCUUUCCACUGGUAGAAAAAUUGGCUAAUCAAUUAGCUAUGAAAGAUUGGGAACAAGUACUUGAAACGGCUAAUAGAAUAUUAACAAUAGAUCCUAAUAAUUUAGAUGCAAUAAAAGCUCAUUGCGUCGUUGCCCUUUGCAAAGACGGAGAGUACAAUGAAAGUUUAAAACACUUACAAUUAUUUUUGAGAAAUUUAAUUCUUGUAGAAGCUAAGAAUAUUGAUCUUUUGGUCAGAAACAUAAAGUUAUUUUCAUCCAUAGGAUGUAGAAAUGAGAAUAUAUUGAUGGAAUUGUGUAAGGUAACUGAAAAAAUGUUACAACAGAAUUCUAAUUGCGGAGAAUUAAUGGUUGAACUUGGGAAUCUCUAUGUUUUAUUGGGAAAAACAAAAGAGGCCGAACAUUGGUAUAGGAAUAAUGCACGUAUAGAGGAGUCAUCGUUCCCAGCUUUAAUAGGUUUGGCACAUUGUCAAUUAUUAGAUAAUUCUGCAAACGCACGAGUUUUAGCUAGACAACAAAUUGAUUUUUUAAUGGAGAUUCAAUCGACUUCGGUCAGUCCUAAAUUAUUGUUCAUGUCGUCGAUACUUUGCGAGGAUGAUAAAAGGAAAGGACUUGAGUAUUUAAACAUGGCAGCUAAAGUUUUAUUAAAGGAUUGUGAAUACAUCUCUUAUGGAUAUGAAUACUUGACGAAUUUAAAUCCUGAUUUAUGCAUGGAAAUAGGAAAGGAACGUUUAACAUAUUCUGUUCACGAUACAUCAUCCAUGGAUGAAGGAAGCUCUGAGGGCAAAAAAGAACCUCUUUUAGACUUAUUAGAAAAACUUGCAGAAGCAUGUCCUGGUUUAACCAAUGUAUUAUUAAUAUUAAGUAAAAUCGAAAUGCAAAGUGGAAAACUGGAGAAAGCUCAAACUAUUUUAAGAAAACUUUUGGACUCCGUCGAUUCUACCAAUGCGCAGGGACAUUUAUUAAUGGCACAAAUUUUGGCAUAUCAAGGUCAUUAUCAAUUAGCUCUACAAAGCUUAGAAGUUGGCCUGAGUUACAAUUUUAAAGUUAGAGAUGAUCCGAUUUAUCACGUGGUUAACGGGAUUAUACAAAAAGAGAAUGGAGAUUUUGAAAAUUGUAUAAAAAGCUUUGAAUUGGCCAUGCUAUGUGCAGGCUUGAAGCGAAAUAAAAAUAUUACAGAAGUUAAUCAAAUUUCUAUGCAAGAUAAAGCAAUGUUGUAUCUUGAAUUAAUCUCUGCUUACAGUAAAAUGAAACAAUUUAGCGAAGCAUUAGCACUGAUGGAAGACGCGAUAAUAGUACUUCAAGGUACUGGAGAGGAAAGCAAGGCCACAAUAGGAUACGCGGACUUGUACUUGGAAAUGGGAGAAUUGGAAAAAGCAAUAGAACAUUUAGCAAAGGUAAAGCCAGAUGAGCCUUAUUAUGUACAAGCUCAUACGAAAUUGGCUCAAAUACAUUUAAAGUACAAAAGAGACAGGCAAGCCUUUGCAAAAUGUUUCAGAGAAUUAGUAGAGAACUGUCCUGGUCCUAAUACAUAUAGUAUGCUUGGCGAUGCAUACAUUUCUAUACAAGAACCAGAAAGAGCCAUCGAAGCCUACGAGCAAGCAUUGAAUCAAAAUCCAAAAGACAAGGCAAUAAUAGCAAAUAAAAUGGGAAAGGCGUUGAUAAAAACUCAUCAAUAUAUGGAGGCUAUUAGUUAUUACAAGGAUAUGAUAAAAGAAGCAGAAUGUAAAGAUUUAAAAUUGGAUCUUGCAAAAUUGUUUAUUAAAAUGAAACAAUACGACAGGGCUGAAGCUACUUUGUUGGAGGAAUUGAGAAUUAAGUAUAUUUGGUUAUUAAUUUUAAUAACGAAACAACGACAACAACAACACGACAACAACACGACAACAACGGAGAUAAUUAUUACAAUUCAAAACAAUUCUUUUUUAGAUGCUCGAUUUGAAUCCGAUCUGGAAAGUUUAGAAAGUCGAGGACAACAAUUGCUCUUACUUGCGAAAGUCCGUGAGAAAGCUGGUAAUAUACAAGCAGCACUCUCUGUGCUGAAAGAAGCUAAAGAAAGUCAAACGAGGUAUAUACAACGUCUUACCAUGGGUUCGAGCGCAAUUGAACAAAAGCAUGUAGUAGCGGACAUAUGCGUGACGAUGGCAGACCAUGCAUCUUCUAUAAGAGAUUACGAUCAAGCGGUAUUAUAUUAUAAAGAAGCUUUGAGUUAUAAACCAGCCGAUAUUAAAGCAUUAUUAUCAUUGGCAAAGUUAUACAUGCAGAUAAACAACUUGGACAAAUGUGCUCAAACGUGUACUACUCUUUUAAAGGCUGAUCCAAAUAACGUGGCUGCAUCUGUUAUGAUGGCUGAUCUUGCAUUUAGGAAAGUUGAUUUUGAAACUGCAGCAUUUCAUUUUCGUCAAUUAUUAUUACAAAAACCAAUGUAUUGGACAGCAUUAGCUAGACUGAUAGAAGUUUCACGCAGGACAGGAAAUAUGGAUGAUUUAUAUGAAUGGCUCAGUCAAGCGCAAACGGCAAUGGAAUCUAACAAUAUGGAGGCUGGUUUUUACUAUUGCACUGGCUUAUUGGACUGGCGAAUGGGAAGAUUAAAUUCGGCUCUUAGAAAUUUCAAUUAUGCGAGGCGUGAUCCUGAAUGGGGUCAACAAGCUAUUUAUAAUAUGAUAGAAAUUUGCUUGGAUCCUGAUGACGAUUCUUCAUUGUCCAAUGAAGCUUUCAAUGACGAAGAUACGGAAUAUCAAGAUUCAAGAACAAUGGCCCUGAAAACUGCUUAUCGUUUAUUACAGGAAUUAAAUCCAAGGGGUAGUCAACAUGAGAUGUUGACGCAUCGGCUUCUCGGCAACUUCUUUCUUCUUGCUACGAAACAAAAAUCAAACAUCGAAAAAGCUUUGCAGGAUUGUACAAAUUUGGCCAGUCAAGAAGCACUCAGAGAUCACGUCGGACCAGCCUUAGGGAUGGCAACGGCGCACAUCUUGUUAAAACAAACGCCUCGCGCCCGAAAUCAUCUUAAGCGUGUUAGCAAAAACGUUUGGACCUUCGAGGAUGCCGAAUAUUUGGAACGAUGUUGGUUGCUAUUGGCAGAUAUUUAUGUUCAAUCGAGCAAGUAUGAUCUAGCAAAUGAGCUACUUAAACGCGUUUUACAACAUAAUGCAACAUGCGUGAGAGCUCACGAAUUGUCCGGUUAUAUCGCUGAGAAAGAACAAAAUUAUCGGGAAGCUUCUCUGCGAUAUGCGCAAGCAUGGAAAUUCGGUGGUAAAUCUAAAUUAUCAAUUGGCUACAAAUUAGCUUAUUGUUCCUUCAAGGGAAAAUCUUAUGCGGAUGCCAUAGAAGCUUGCAACGAAGUAUUGAGACAAAAUUCUGACUAUCCUCGCAUUAGGAAAGAUGUUUUGGAAAAAGCUAUUAACAAUCUUCGCACUUAAUAAGGAACAAUUCAGUAAAUUAUAUAUUUAAAAAUAUCAAACUACUUGUUUUGUUCCACGAACAAAUCAAAAUUAUGACGGGGAAAUAAAAAAGAAAUAUUCAAUUUUACGUUUCUCUUUUUUUUCUCUUGAGAAGAAUGCCAAGCAACAACGCAAGUUCAAAGAAGCAGUAGCGUUAAAAGUAUCUCGUCGCUACCAUUUGUUUUCGUCGAAUCUACUAAUGUACAAAACGCAUACGUUCAAGUCGCUUCAGACGGAAGAAGAACUGUCAUGGAUGUCUUAGUCAACGACGUGGACGACGAUGAAAAUAUUGUCUUUGACGAUUCGUCUGAUGAUCGCAAUGUCUUACGAAUUGUGGUUACCGAAGCUAGCACAGAAAUCGCUCACGCUCUAAUGUAUCGAAUUCUUUCUAACAACGUAUUUGAAAAGGAUCAACUCAUUUAUUUAGUUGUUUACGAAACAUUUGAGAAAGCAUUAUUUUUAGAAAGUAUUGCAAUAGAGCUUACGGAAUUCAGUCCGGCUCAGCUCUAUGGUCAGUCAGCCUUUAGAGAACUUUUUAUUGCCCAAGUUCUAUGUACAUGUGUAUAUAUGUAUAUAUGUAUAUAUGUAUAUAUAUAUAUAUAUAUAUAUAUAUAUAUAUAUAUAUAUAUAUAUAUAUAUACAUAUGCAUAUACAUGUUUUUUCUUUUUUUAACGUUUUAAACGUUUUCCUCUUUCUUUGAUGUACAUAGGAAUUAUUUGUACGCAUGAGCCGUCGAUCGCUUUUAAAGAUGCGGACAUUGUAUUUUGUAUUGGAUUAGCAAGAGGAUAUGAAUUUAUGAACGAAGAGUAUGAAGAUUUAUUUUUCGAGGAGUGUGCCUUAAUUGGAAAAUUUCAUGUACCGAUAAAUUUUCACUUAAAUUCGUAUAAUUGUAUCUGACGAUAACUUUUAUUUUAGGGUGAAACCUUAGAAAGGUAUGCAAAGAGAGAUGUAAAAGUAAUUGUCCUCGAAAAUAUAACAGCUACUAUUAUUUCGCAUUAUGCGAAAUCUAUUCCUAAGAAGAACUUUACGUCCUUAUCGAAAUUAAACGUGAAAAUGUGCGCGGCUCAUGUUAGCUUUCUAUAUAUUUCAUAAUCAGUAGUAUGUAAUUAUUUUUGAAUAACAAGCAAGAGAUAUUUUAUUGGAACUUCUAGAUAGCAGCGCGAACUGGUUGUCGGGUCGAUCAAAUUAAAAAUAUUAUCUUAUGGGGUACCGAUAAUAAAAGUACGUUUCCCGAUUGUAGGUACAUGUCUUUUGAAAAAGAUGUUAUUAUUAAUGACUGUUUACGUGCAUGGCUAAAAGUAGAUUUACCAAGGGUAUGGUUAAAUCAUCGAUAAUUUACCAUCGGAAUACAUACAAUUGUUAGAAUAUUUGAUAUGUGAAUAUUGGAUAUUCUUAAUUAGAUACUGGAAAAUAUAUCGAAUAGAUCUUGGUAUAUCAGAUCACUCGCAUAUGCACUUGCAGAACAUUGCAAAUUAUUGUGGUAUGGGACAGAACAAGAUGAAUGGACUUGCAUGGGUGUAUACUCUGAUGGUUCAUACGGUGUUCACGAGGGAAUAUUUUUCUCCUAUCCAGUACAUUGCAAUAACAAAGAAUACGAGAUCAUUCAAGUAUCAGAUAUUUUUAUUAUCCAUAUAUAUCAGAGAAAUUUCAAUAUUAUUUUACUGAUAAUUUUUGUUUUAUAUACAAGGGUCUGCUAGAUAACAAUUCAUACGUCCAGCGACAAAUAGAGAAAAUAAGUGAGUUCCUGUUGUUGAAGAUUCGUGCUGCGUUUCGAAUUUGCAAUUCGAAGUAAAACAUCGAUUUACCUCGAUGAUAAGAUAUAUCCUGUUUAUUCAUUCCUAUGAGCUUACAUAUAAAUGCUGGAACACUUCAUUUUACUUUUUUCUCUAAUACAAUUAUCCGAUUAAUGAUCCUAUAGUAUAUAUAUAUAUAUAUAUAAUAAUGUGUUUUCUAUAUAAUUAAUUCAAUUCACAAUAGUUUCGAAAUAGUUUCAAUUUUCAAAACUGACCGAAGAUCGUUUGUGCUAUGCCGUUAUACGUACGACAAAUGUAAAUUUUACGACAUUGUAUGAAUGCUUUCACGCGCACGAAAUAUUUCUGGUCAUGAAAUAUGUCAGCGAAUAUACUUACUUUCAGCUAAA